CCAGAAGAGUAUGCUAUGGACCGCUACAUGUAUGUUCUAUGCAGUGUAUGCAAGAAAGCGUACUUUGGAGGCGAGAGUCGUUGUCAAAUGGUCAGUAUUCUAUUUUCUAUUCGACAAUUUAUUACAUUAACUUUUUUCAAGGCAAUGCAAUCGUUCCAAUAUAACGCCGCUGAACUAGUAUGUGGUGGGUGUUCGGCUCCAGCUGGAACUGAAGUGUGCGGUCGACAUGGCGCCGAAUAUCUAGAGUAUAAGUGCCGUUACUGCUGUUCCAUAGCCGUCUAUUUCUGCUUUGGCACGACGCAUUUCUGUGCUGCUUGUCACGACGAUUUUCAGCGCCUCGUCUGCCUUCCUAAGAACCAAUUCCCACCCUGUCCCACGGGUCCACGUGCAACAGCUGGUGAAGGGCCAUGUCCACUGCGGCGACCUCAUCCACCUGCAGGCGAAGAAUUCGCACUUGGAUGUGGUAUAUGUCGUAAUUUAAGCACGUUUUAG